AGUCCUAUUGCUACGAUCAAGUCUCUGCCUAGCUCGGACUUUUCCUUUGGUCAACUCACUCUGUUGAUAUUAAUUUGUCAUACAAUAUGAUCUGACAGUGACAGGGUCUGUAGUUCAAGAGUAAAUAAGAGAGACGUACAUAGACUACUUGUCAUCGUGAUUUUUCUGUCUAGUUAUUCUUUCAUUUGAUUCCCCUACCGUUCCCUCUUGGAUUUACGAAGAGCAUGUUGGUGACCUGAGUAUACAGAGUUUUUCUCCUGUCCAUAUCGGUAUAUUUGAGGAAUGACUGCAACUGGAAAGGGACUGACAAUCGCUUGAAUGGAAAAAAUGGAAUACAACGAUAUUGAGAAAAACAUUGAGGAGAAACUGACAUUAACAGAUACAUGUAUCUCCUCCACACCAGAGCCUUUGGACAACCAGAAUGAAGACAAGAACAUAGUGAAGGACCUUCUGACAUCAGAUGACUCAGCCAUCUCAGACCUCUCCCCAGACACGGAGUCCUGUCCCAAAGCAGACCCCUCCACCAAGGCAGACCUCUCCCCAGACACGGAGUCCUGUCCCAAAGCAGACCCCUCCACCAAGGCAGACCCCUCCACCAAGGCAGACCCCUCCACCAAGGCAGACCUCUCCCCAGACACGGAGUCCUGUCCCAAAGCAGACCCCUCCACCAAGGCAGACCCCUCCACCAAGGCAGACCUCUCCACCAAGGCAGACCCCUCCACCAAGGCAGACCCCUCCACCAAGGCAGACCCCUCCACCAAGGCAGACCCCUCCACCAAGGCAGACCCCUCCACCAAGGCAGACCCCUCCACCAAGACAGACCCCUCCACCAAGACAGACCCCUCCACCAAGGCAGACCCCUCCACCAAGACAGACCCCUCCACCAAGACAGACCCCUCCACCAAGACAGACCCCUCCACCAAGGCAGACCCCUCCACCAAGACAGACCCCUCUACCAAGGCAGACCCCUCCACCAAGGCAGACCCCUCCACCAAGGCAGACCCCUCCACCAAGACAGACCCCUCCACCAAGACAGACCCCUCCACCAAGACAGAUGCUAGACCAGGCACCCCUGGGUCUGGCACCAGCCCCCAUCCCAAAAAAGGAGAUGGGUUGACGACAGAGCAACGACAGAAGCUGGCUAAAGAGCGGAGGGAGGAGAGGGCCAAAUACAUUGAACAGCAAACUCAGCUGCAAGCGACUAAGAAGGCCCAGUGGCUGGAGAAGGAGGAGAAGGCGAGGCGUCUGAGGGAGAGCCAGCUGGAGGAACGUAGGAGGAGGCUGGAGGACCAGAGACUGAAGCUUGAGAAACGCAGGGCCCUCCUGGAAGAGAAACAGAGGCAGAAACUAGAGAAGAACAAGGAGCGCUACGAGGCGGCCAUCAGGAAGUCAACCAAAAAGACCUGGGCUGAGAUCCGUCAGCAGAGAUGGUCCUGGGCUGGAGGCCUCAACCAGACCUCGCGCAGACAAAGCAGAUGUUCGGCCUCCACUGUCAACUUACCGAGACAGGUGGACCCUGUCAUUAACAACAGGCUGUCCAAGUCCUCUGCAACCCUCUGGAACUCCCCCAACAGAACUCGCAGUCUGCGUCUUAGUCCGUGGGAGAGCCGCAUCGUGGAGCGGCUCAUGACACCCACCCUGUCCUUCCUGGCCCGUAGCCGCAGCGCCGUGACCCUGCUCAACACUAGCGACUCCCGGGACCCCUACUCUCACCACUGCUCCCGAUCAGCCUCCGCCAGCCCCCUGGACGCCUGCUCCCACCACCACCCUCACCGGGACUCCUCCGAACGCUGGAGGGGAGGAGUGUCCGCCAGCCCCCUGGACGCCUGCUCCCACCACCACCCUCACCGGGACUCCUCCGAACGCUGGAGGGGAGGAGUGUCCGCCAGCACUCCCGACAUCACACAGCGCCAACGCCGACGGAACUCAACGCUGUUGGAUAAGAAGAAGAAAGAGAAGAAAGACAAGGAGAGGGAGAAUGAAAAAGAGAAAGUUCUGAAGAAGUUGCCAAUACCGACCAGAUCCAGGCCGGAGUUCAGCAGUACCCCAAAACCCCAAAACCGACCUCCAUCACCUGCCCCCAAAAGCAAACUGUUGUCCCCCUGCCCUCCAAUGGCUCCCAAGACCCCCUCCACGGGCAAGAAGAUCUCCACAGGCACCAAGACCCGCCCCAAAAGAGCCCAGACCCCUGUCAGGGUACAGCUUCAGCCGGUCGCUGUGGAAACUAACAACGAGCCCCAUCAGCCAGACACUCCUGAGGAGACAGAGAGCUCCAGUAAUGUUUCCGCUAUACAAUUGUCUUCGGCGCCACAGCUGACUGCCUCUGCUGCCUCAACUCCCACAACUGCCUCCUCUGCUGCCUCAACUCCCAUAACUGCCUUCUCUGCUGCCUCAACUCCCACAACUGCCUUCUCUGCUGCCUCAUCUUCCCCGGCUGCCUCAUCUACUACUGCCACUCUGGCUUCCAGGCCCUCAGCCGGCACCAACGACCCAGAGGAAGCAGCUCGAGUCCUGGCUGAGAAACGCAGACAGGCCCGGGAGCAACGGGAGAGAGAGGAGCAGGAGAAGAGGAAACGGAUUGCUCGUGAGGAGGGCAUGGCUCGGCAGGCGGAGGAGAGGAGACGCAGGGAGGAGGAGGCACGCCUCAUGGCGAAGGAGCAGCUUCUGAGAGACGAGGCCCAGCGCCUGGAGGAGGAGAAGGAGGCGAAGGAGAAAGACAAGGCGGAACAGGAGGAGAACCAACGCCUGCAGAAACAGAGAGAGGAGGCCGAGGUCAAAGCUCGUGAGGAGGCAGAGCAUCAGCGCAUGGAGAGAGAGAAGCACUUCCAGAAGGAGGAACAGGCGCGCCUGGAGAGAAAGAAGCGCCUUGAGGAGAUCAUGAAGAGAACUCGUAAAAGUACUGAUGCUGGAGAAAAGGCGAUUGAUACUUCACUGCCAAAUGAUUCCCCAGCACAGGUCAACGGCAAAGAUGGUACAAAGAACAGUAAAGCUCCUAAAAUGCAGCAGAUUGAAGCAGAAUCCAGCCCUGUGCUGAAUGUUGUCCGGCCAGCCAUGCACCAGAAUGGCCUCUCAGCCAACGGGAAGGCAGCUGACUUUGAGCAGAUCAUCCAGCUGUCCAAUCACAGCAGGAGCAGCAACGGUGGGCCGGGAAAACCGGGGAGUGGCAUCGUCAGCGACCCAAUCCUGGCCUUCGAGGGAGGAGAUCCCUUCCUGAUGAAAACGGGUCCCAUGAAGCCUCAGCAUGCUGCAGGUAGCUAUACAGAAGUUCUUUGAGACGCCAGGCUUCCACACGCUUUACGCCACUGGAUGAUGUAGUUGAUUGUGUGCCACACACUGCAACAGCUUCUAAAGGAAGUGUGUCAAACAAAGAAACAAACUAUGGACUAAACUUUUAAAUCACUCAAAAAACAUCAAAUUCCACAGAGGUCAUGAGGGAGGAAGAAAACUCUGCGAAGAAAAAAGGAAAAAAAUAUGUAAAUGAAAGAAAAAUAUUGUCUGACUUCUCGGCGUGUUUUGGUGCAACAUACGUUGAGUUUUGUUGAAAAUGUCAAAUGGAGAUUUUAUGGUGCACCUUUUAAAUGGCUGAUAAUGUAAUAUGAGGAGUUUUAGAGCAUUUUAAGACCUGGAAAUAUAACAUAUUUGACUACGGUUAUUAUUAUCAUCAUUGUUGUUAUGCUAUUGCUGUUGUUAUCUUAAAGUUGAACAAAGUGUGUGUUUUGUUAGUCUUGGAAUAAUUGAGUUAUUUAACUAGAGGAGGAAGCAGUGUGAUGAUGCUGUCAGGGGAAGCUGUGGGAUAAAGCUUAAUGAAAGGGAGAAGACGUCUCUAUUUCUUUCUGUAUGGUAUGUCUGUCUGUCUGCGUGUAUGUCUGUCUCCGCCUGUCCCUGUCUGUCUGUCUGUCUGUCUGC